AUGACUAUUGCUGCAUAUGCGUAUGAAACAAAUGAAGCAAGAAGAGCACAUGAACUAGUAAACGAAAACUCAACUUUAACCAUUGAAGGCAAUGAUUUAGUCAUUGACGAUGGAAAAACUAAAAAAGUCAUUGAUUUCGAUACUUUUAACACUUAUGACCCAUUCAUUACAACAAGCAAGGUUCCCAUCAUAAAUGAUGGAACGGUGCAAUAUAUAAAUUCUACAGUAGAUGCCUCAUUAGUGAAAGUAUUAAAUGUUCUCAUUGAAUUGUUAAAGAGCUUUCGAUUUGACGACAACAUUAAAUGCCUAAAGAAUUUAGUCAUGAAUGAGAAACAAAUUCUCGGCGUUGCUGGUAGCAGUAAUGAUGUACACCUUAUGACAUUAGAAUAUUAUAACGAACAUAAAGAUGAACUGAAAGGAGAGAAGGGUGACACCGGACCUCAAGGACCACAAGGAAUACAAGGAAUACAAGGACCUCAAGGCGAAAACGGUUUGGAUGGUGAAGAUGGAAAGGAUGGAAAAACUGCUAAAUCAUGGAUAUGGAACCUUAUAAAUACUGGUUUAACAGCUGCUUCAUAUGGAGUUCUUCAAUACCAAAUCGGAAAGAUAUGGGCAGUACUUGGUGAAGAAGUUUUAGAUGACGUUAAAAAUGCUUUGAACUUCAUUUCAAA